AUGUUUCAUCAAUCAUUUGACACAGAUAUUGAGUUUUUUUCUAGGAGGUGCAUUUGGGUGAAUGGUCCUGUAAUUGUAGGGGCAGGUCCUUCAGGCCUAGCAGUUGGUGCUGGACUUAAAGAACAAGGUGUCCCCUUCAUUGUCCUAGAAAGAGCCGAUUGCAUUGCUUCUCUUUGGCAAAAACGCACAUAUGAUCGCCUCAAACUACACCUCCCAAAGCAAUUCUGCCAACUGCCCAAUCUUCCAUUCCCUGAGGAUUUCCCAGAAUACCCCACAAACCAGUUCAUCAGCUACCUAGAGUCCUAUGCAAACCACUUUGAUAUAAGUCCCAAUUUCAAUGAGGCUGUCCAGUCUGCCAAGUAUGACGAAACCUUUGGUCUUUGGAGGGUCAAGACGAUUAUUUCGACGAGCGACUCAAACCCUUCUGCUACUGCUGAAGUUGAGUACAUUUGCCGGUGGCUCGUGGUGGCAACUGGAGAGAAUUCGGAGAAAGUAGUGCCGGAAUUUGAAGGCUUGGAAGAGUUUAAAGGGAAUGUCGUGCAUGCCUGUGACUAUAAGUCCGGCGUGGCUUACCAUGGCAAGCAAGUUCUAGUUGUUGGGUGUGGGAAUUCGGGCAUGGAGGUCUCUCUUGAUCUUUGCAAUCACAAUGCAAGCCCUUCGAUGGUGGUUCGAAGUUCAGUUCAUGUCUUGCCAAGGGAAAUUUUUGGAAAGUCAACCUUUGAGUUAGCAGUUUUAUUGAUGAAAUGGCUGCCACUCUGUCUUGCUGACAAGGUAUUGCUGAUGCUGGCAUGGCUAAUUUUUGGAAAUCUUGAAAAAUAUGGUAAUUCAGGGAAGACUCCAGUUUUGGAUAUUGGUGCCUUGAAAAAAAUAAGAUCUGGUGAGGUCAAGGUGGUUCCUGGAAUCAAGAGGUUCUCUCAUGGCAGAGUUGAACUUGUUGAUGGACAAAAUCUUGAGAUUGAUUCUGUUAUUUUGGCAACAGGGUACCGCAGCAAUGUUCCUUCAUGGCUCAAGGAAAAUGAAUUCUUUUCAAGAGAAGGAAUUCCGAAGAAUGCAUUCCCAAAUGGGUGGAAAGGGAAUGCAGGACUGUAUGCAGUAGGGUUUACAAGGAGAGGACUAUCUGGAGCCUCAUUGGAUGCCAUUGGUGUGUCACAGGACAUUGCCAAGAGCUGGAAAGAAGAGACCAAACAGAAGAGAAAAUCUGUUGCAGCUCGCCAUAGGAGAUGCAUUUCACAUUUUUAA